CGGGUUUGUCUCGGUUGGACGCCGUUGCGCCAAUCGGAGCUCGGCCGAUUGCGUGACCGAAUCACGGCCCCCACACCCCCCAAGGCUUGGCCGAGACGCGGCCACGGCUCACCUCCGAUAGGCGAGAUGCUCCGGUGCCAUCGCGACUGGCCAGCCGGCGAGUGUGAAAUGUCGCAGGCCAAUUAG